CUCGCAAUCACGGCUACAAUGACCUUCCUAGCCAGUGUCUUUGUGCUUCUGCGAUUCCUUGCGCGGCGUAAGACCUCGGUUCAGCUGGACGACUGGAUCUGUUUGGCAUCUCUGACCGUCGCAUAUGGCUUCCUCGUCGCCACCGCGUUGAUGGUCACGAUAGGCCAGGCAGGCCACGAUCAAAGUUCGUAUGACCGACACACGAGGCAAGUAUCCAUCCAGUCAUAUCUGGCCACCGACAUCCUAGCGACAUCAUGCCUCUCCCUCACCAAGCUGUCUAUCCUGCUAUCCUACCGACGCAUAUUUGUAGUUAAGCCCGCAUUCCGCCGAGCCACCUGGGUGAUAGGAGGCCUUGUGUUUGCGUACUUCGUUUCCGCCAACUGCGUUGUGAUCUUCCCAUCCAAGCCGGUAGAGGACGAGUCACACACACGUCACAGUUAUAAUGCGGUCUGGGUCGCAUUCUGCUCUCUCAACUUAGCCUUAGAUAUUACUGUCCUUUGCCUGCCACAAUCGAUUGUCUGGAGGUUGAAGAUGACUCGCCAGCGCAAAAUACAGCUCUCUCUUGUCUUCCUCCUGGGUGCUUUCGUUUGCGUGGCGAGUAUUGUCCGCAUCUAUUUUGUCUCUGAGCUCGACAUGGACAAUCUGACCUACUCCCUUCUCUCAGUCGCCAAUUGGAAUGCGAUCGAAAUGACGACGGGAAUUAUCUGCUCCUGCUUGCCCAUGAUGCCCUCC